AGUAUAUUAUCAGUAUUUUUUGGUAUACUUAAUCAUAAUCCGUUACUCUACAUUUGUGCAUUAAUUGGUUAUAUUUUACUAGAAAAUUUGAAUAAAACUAAUAUAUUACAAUCUAAAUAUUAAUCUGGGCGGCGGCGCCAGAGGUCGCUGUGAUAUAGCUAAAGAAAUUAUCCUCCGAUCCAUUAAUUCUGUCGCCAGAAGCUUGUAUGUCAUCAUCAGUCAGCGUCUGCUGAGGUUGGAAAGACGUUUGAUCAGUUGAGUGAAGAUGGCACCAUCACCCACAAAACGAAAGGAUCGCUCUGACGACAAGGUGAAGGAGCGGGGGAAGGAGAAGGUGGGGGUGAAGGAGGGAGGGGAGAAGGACCGUGGCAGAGAGAAAGGACGCAAGCGGCGGAGUGCUUCAACUGGGAGCAGCAGCAGGUCUCGCUCCAGCUCCAGCUCCAGCUCCAGUUCAGGUUCCAGCUCUGGCUCCUCCAGUGGUUCAAGCUCCUCGUCUGCAUCAAGCCGCUCCGGCUCCUCCAGCAGUUCACACAGCUCCAGCUCCAGCAGCACCUCGGCCUCCCCCAGCCGCCGGCGCCACGACAACCGCCGCCGCUCCCGCUCCAAGUCCAAAUCCUUGAAGAGAGAUGAGAAAGAGAGGAAGAGGAGGAGUCCAAGCCCCAGGCCCUCCAAGGUUCACAUCGGCCGGCUUACAAGAAACGUCACCAAGGAGCACAUCAUGGAGAUUUUUGCCACUUAUGGGAAGAUAAAGAUGAUCGACAUGCCUGUUGAUAGACUCCAUCCCAACCUGUCAAAGGGUUAUGCCUACGUUGAGUUUGAGACUGCAGAUGAAGCAGAGAAAGCACUCAAACACAUGGAUGGAGGUCAGAUAGAUGGUCAGGAGAUCACAGCGUCGGCAGUGUUGACCCCCCGGCCUCGGCCACCCCCUCGCAGACUGACCCCCCAGCGCAGGAUGCCUCCCCCGCCGCCCAUGUGGCGCCGCACUCCACCACGCAUGAGGAGAAGGUCUCGCUCCCCGCGCCGCAGAUCUCCUGUACGCCGGCGCUCUCGCUCCAGAUCCCCGGGCCGUCGACGCCACCGCAGCCGCUCCAGCUCCAACUCCUCCCGCUAGAGCCUUGUCAGCACCCUCCACUGGACACUCCCACAGCUGCUGGUGAGACGGGAGCCAGGACAGUUCAAAUCUCAUGUCCCAGCCCCAACCCUCUCCACGGCGAAUCCUUCUAAUUAUCCCAGAGGGUGUCACAGUGAUUUUUUUAGUGAAGAUUAGAAGAGGCAGAUUUUGCCACCGCGCUCUCACGCGUCCAGGACAUGCCAUCUGCUCAUUUCUGAUGUUUUCUUUCUUCUUUUUUCUUUUUUUUGUUCUGCGUAAAUGAGUAGUGCUAAUGUAUUUCCCCCGUGCCCCCCCGUCCUCAAAUUAACUCAAGUAAUCGAAAGGACGCAAAUGAUCCAUUAUCCCCAGCCAUCAUCACAACUGGAAUUAUAUUGCAACCACAAUUGAAAUGGAAGCCAAAGCAGGUUAAUCAGCCCCCCAUUGUUAAUUUAAUUAAUUGUAUAGCUGCUGUGUAUUUUCUUUAGGCAGUGAAAGCAUUGAGAGAAAAAAAACAAUUCUUAAAUAUUCUCAUGCCUUGGAAGUUGUUGCUGCCUUCUGUGUACAACCUGCAAAACACUUAAUAAAAAAAUAAAAAAAAUAGUGUGUAUGCCAUGUACUGAGUCUACACACUUUUUCACUCGCUUCCACCUCAUUUGAAAAUGAGUGGGUUUUAUAUUUUUCACUGCUGUAAUAUACAGUUGUUUUCAAUAGAUUGUUUGUUUGAAUUCAGGGCAGUGGAAUAAUCCAAGCCAUUAGUAUAAAUGUGUGUGUUUAAGUAGCAGGUAGUACUGAGAGUGCUAUAAAAGUAAGAAGUGUGUUUGCUAGUUAUUGAUUUAAUGUAAAGUGUUCAUUUUGUUUUUAAUAAGUCUCUCUGCCACUAGAAGCUGAGCCUAUUCCCCUGGUAAAAUAAAAACGUUUGCAUUUUUUUUUUUUU